AGCAAAGCCGCAAAUAUUGCGCAGCACUGCUUCGGAUUGGUCGUAUUUCGUGACAGCUCUCGGGAUUUAUUCAUACUUGCCUUUGUAUAGUGAGCAACAAGCAAGAACCGGCACUUGAUAUUUAUAUAAAAUGGUUUUGAAUGCACCCAAGUUGAAGUUUUACAAUGGCAAUGAAAUACCAGUUUUCGGCUUGGGAACCUGGAAGUCUAAGCCAGGCGAAGUUACUCAAGCUGUAAAAGAUGCUAUUGAUAUCGGCUACAGACAUAUUGAUUGCGCUCAUGUUUAUGGAAACGAGAAGGAAGUUGGCAUUGCUGUCAAUGCAAAAAUAGCAGAGGGUGUCGUAAAGAGAGAGGAUCUGUUUAUUACCAGCAAAUUGUGGAAUACUUUCCACAGACCUGAUUUGGUUGAGCCAGCCAUCAAGCAAUCACUAGCUGAUCUUGGUCUUGAUUACAUAGAUCUUUAUUUAAUUCACUGGCCAUUUGGAUAUAAAGAGGGCGGACCCCUUUUUCCUACAACUCCUGAAGGUGCCGUUUUUCUGAGUGAUGUAGAUUAUGUCGAUACUUGGAAGACUAUGGAGGAUGUGCUAGCUAAGGGUUUGACAAAAAACAUUGGAGUCAGUAAUUUUAAUUCUGAGCAAAUUACCAGGCUACUCGAGAAUGCAUCAGUCAAACCUGUUACAAAUCAGAUUGAAUGUCAUCCAUAUCUAACUCAGAAGAAGUUAUCAAAUUUUUGCAAAGAAAAGGACAUUCUUAUUACUGCAUACAGUCCACUCGGAUCACCAGAUAGACCAUGGGCCAAGCCAGAUGAUCCAAAAUUACUGGAAGAUAAGAAAUUAAAAGAGCUUGGACAAAAGUACAAUAAGACACCUGCACAAAUACUUAUACGUUAUCAAUUGGAUCGUGGCCAUAUUGUGAUCCCCAAGUCAGUUAAUAAGUCACGUAUUGUUCAAAACAGUGAAGUAUUUGAUUUUCAACUUUCAUCUGAUGAUAUUGCAUAUAUUGAUAGCUUCGAUUGCAAUGGACGAAUUUGUCCAAUAUCUGGCGCGGUCGACAGUCCUUAUUAUCCUUUUAACAUUCCGUUUUAAGAGAGCAAGUAAAAAUUAGAAAUUGAUAUAUCGAUUGUGUUUCAUUACAUUUUAUAUAUAUUGAAAUAUUUUAUAUUAGCAAUACUAUUGUUUUGUAUGUGUCACACACAUAUUUAUGAUUAUUUCACAUAUAUUAUUUAUAAUAUGUAUUUUUUAAGUGCAUAUCGAAAACUAACAAAUAAAUUCAAUGUUAUUAUUUUGCAAAAAUUUAUACAAGUCUUUUGUAUAAAUAUUAUAUAAUUAUUGUGUGCAAAAUUUAUACAUGUAAUUAUGUGUUAAGAUAAAGAUAUUUUUUCACAGUAUAUAAAAUGAUUUUAUAUAAUGAGCAUUUUUUAUUAAGUGUUUGAUAUAAAUAUUUAGAUAUUAAUCAUAUUGAUGAAUUUUCGCAACCACAAGAACAACACUCGCAAAACUCAUCACUAUCACUGUCUUCAACUUCUGAUCCCAAAUAUGAUAUUCCCGAAAUCGUUAAUUCACGAGUUUUGUCCAACGGCGUAAUGCUGCAAUCACAGGGUAUAGUCGAUGAUUUGCGUGCGCUUUGUUCUUCACAUUCAGAGAUAUUAAUUUCUUUAUAUGUAGCAGAAGUUUUGCAAUCCUUGCACGUCUUACCAAGAACACACGGUACAGAAGAUUGUGUUAAUCGUUUGAGCGAUUGUGCUACAUCUGAAAAUUUAUAUAUAAAAUUUGCGAUAUAGAAAAUAAGCCGGCGAAUACAUGCCUAUUUUCGAGAUGACAUUUUGUAGAGAUUCGCAAGAAGGAUUUGUUGAGGAUUCGUAAGGAGACUUGGAUUUAAAUAUAGAGAUUUGUUGGCAAGAUUUGCAACAUA